ACCGCAGACAAUAGUAUUGGUUAAUUAGUGGAAAUCCUCCUAAAAAUAAUUUAAUCAUUCAAAACUAUUUUAGGACAAUCGAAUUCAAAUCCCAACUACCUGCUCAAGCGAUUCCUCACCAGUCACCACGCGCCAAUGGCAGCCCUCCAUAUCCAUUAUCCUCUCUCUACAACCCCCAAAAAAGGCCAAAUUACCACCGUUUGAAUCGCUCUCUCUCUCCCCUUGCCUCAUAAUAGCCUCUCUCUCUCUCUCUACAGGAGCUUUGAUUUCCAAAUCCCCUUUCCCUAAUCUACCCCUCUCUCUUCACCAUCAUCAUCAUCAUCACCAUUCCAGUCAGAUUCCACUUCCUUUUCUCUCCUAUUUCACUCUGAAAAUGACAAGUCCUGCGCUGAACAACAACUUCCUGCCUCCCGGCCUCGUAUCCAAUCUCCAGCAAGCUCUCGCGAAUCGCAAGCCGGGCGAAGACGACGCCGUUUCGUCCAAGGCCGACGACGAUUCGGCCCUGCCCUCGUCCUCCGAGGGCGAGGAUAACUCGUCAAAGCCCGUGAUUUUUGUCACCAACAGCGACGGGAUUGAAUCUCCCGGGCUGUCUUUUCUGGUCGAUGCUCUCGUUGCGGAAGGCGCUUACAAUGUCAAUGUCAUUGUUCCUCAAUCGGAUAAAUCGACAUCGGGGCAUUCGGUGUCGCUUAAGGAGACUAUUGAGGUAGCCUCAGUUAAUGUUAAGGGAGCCACUGCUUAUGAAAUUUCGGGAACUCCAGUGGAUUGUGUUUCGCUAGCAUUAUCUGGUGCACUGUUUUCAUGGACAAAGCCUCUUUUGGUAAUUAGUGGUAUCAACAAGGGUUCGAGCUGUGGACACCACAUGUUCUAUUCGAGUGUUGUUGCUGGAGCUAGGGAAGCACUGGUUUAUGGUGUACCAUCCAUAUCGAUAUCGCUUAACUGGCAGAAGGAUGAAAGUGAGGAAAGCCACUUCAAGGAUGCUGUGACUGUGUGCUUACCAAUAAUAAAGGCAGCCCUGAGAGAUAUAGAGAAGGGGGUUUUCCCAAAAGGGUUCUCAUUGGACUUGGAAGUUCCAACGUCACCCACGGCGAACAAGGGAAUAAAAGUUACCAAGAGAAGCCACUGGAGGUCCACUCUUAACUGGCAAGCCGUUUCCAGCACCAGGGCCCAGGCUGCUCAACGUUUCACCGGUGCUCAGCCAGCCAUGGGAUUGAAUAUUGCCCAACUCAGCCGUGAUGCAUCUGCUGCUGGUGCUGCUCGGCGUCUGACAACUCAGAAAAAGGAUAUUGAGGUUGUGGAAUCAGUCGGCGCUUCAGCGAAAUCUGACUUCAAAAGGACAGUCAAGUACUUCCGUGCCGAGAUGCUGCACAAGGAUAACAAGGAAGAUGGCGAGGAUCUGGAUUUCAGGGCGGUUGAGAAUGGCUUCGUUUCACUCACUCCAUUAUAUGCUUCCGCGGAUUCAGAGACCGAUGCCGCAGCUUUGAACUGGAUAUGCUCUGCAGUACUAGAGGGACAAUAGGGAGACGAGAUCAGUCGAGCUAUCAGUACUUAUUUGUACAUUUGAAGCCUCGAGCUUAAUCAUCUGUCACAUGUAUUUUUCUAAUACCAUGUGGCUGUAUUUAUUUAUUUUUUCCCCCUCAUUUCUCCUGCUGCUACUUAGUUUAUUUCCCCAUAUGUUGUGAGGCAAACGCUUCCGCUGCUAGUUUUACUUGACACAAGGCAUUGUGUAGAGUGCCUUUUGUUUUUUUACCUCUACAGUUUCUUUACUACUAAAAAAUUGGAUCAUAGGUUGGUUUUUUGUUUCUUGAUUUUGUGUUUUUGUUUAUCCUCAAAUUCUGGUUUUUGAGGUUGGUGUAUUGGUUUGUUAUAUAAACUCUGCUUUGCCAGAAAAAAAACAGGGUUUUUUAGUUAAUGAAAUUUUCUUACCUUAUA